AUGGAAGCCCGUUUUCCGCCGGUGCGGGCAUGCAUCUUUGACAUGGAUGGUCUUCUCAUCGACUCAGAAGACAAGGUCGCGGAAGCUAUCAACGAAAUGAUGAUUCGAUACAGUCGCCCUCUGCUCUCAUCCGAAAUGCGCUGUCGGCUCAUGGGCGUCCCUGGUUCGUCAAAUAGCGACAUGUUUCAUGACUGGGCGAACUUGCCGAUCCCGCGCGAGCAGUAUGCACAGGAAUCGCGCAAACUAAUGCUGCGAGGCGAGCGGAGCAAGAUCCUGGCGGGAAGAUCUGGCAUGUUUGAGCUUGGCAACGAGCAUCAGCUGGGGCAAAUGGAUGAUGGCUGGGGCGAGUGCAUCAGCAGUCUACGUGACUUUGAUUUCCAGAGAUACGGCAUCAUCAGCUAG